AUAAUAUUGUCCCCGUUGUACAAACACUAUCGAGGGAAAUUCAACCAAAAGUAGAGAUAACACAGAAGCCUAAUUUUGGAAAUGAGAAAAUUCGAUCCGUGGCCGAUCUUUUUCCGCCGGGAAUGGAGCCGCAACUGGCCGUUCCUGGUGGGUUUUGCCGUCACCGGCGCUAUCAUCACCAAGAUGUCCCUCGGCUUCACUGAGGAGGAUGCAAAGAACUCUCGAUUUGCGCAGAGGCAUAAGAAGUAA